GUUAAACAGGUCUCUCGGCAUCCUCGUCCUCGCCUGCAACAGAAGCCGGCCAGAAGACGGGCUUCGGGUGUUCAUCUUCAGCCUUGCCCCAGAAUCUCUCAAAGCCGGUGCCCACCAGAGCGCCGCCCCAGAGCCCACGGGUGGCUCCGGCAGUCUCUGGGGGCGCAUGGGGCGGCGCUAAUCGGGCUGGCGGCGCAGGCCAGGGGCCGCACCAACAUGAACCUCGUGGGCAGCUACGCACACCAUCACCACCAUCACCAUCAUCACCACCCUCACCCCGCGCACCCCAUGCUCCACGAGCCCUUCCUCUUCGGCCCUGCCUCGCGCUGUCACCAGGAGCGGCCCUACUUCCAGAGCUGGCUGCUGAGCCCCGCUGACGCUGCCCCGGACUUCCCCGCAGGCGGGCCACCGCCCGCAGCCGCUGCAGCCGCUGCCUCCUAUGGUCCAGACGCCAGGGCCGGCCAGAGCCCCGGGCGGCUGGAGGCGCUCGGCGGCCGCCUGGGCCGGCGGAAAGGCUCAGGACCCAAGAAGGAGCGGAGACGCACAGAGAGCAUUAACAGCGCGUUCGCGGAGCUGCGCGAGUGCAUCCCCAAUGUGCCGGCUGACACCAAGCUCUCCAAGAUCAAGACUCUGCGCCUGGCCACCAGCUACAUCGCCUACCUGAUGGACGUGCUGGCCAAGGACGCACAGGCCGGCGACCCCGAGGCCUUCAAGGCCGAACUCAAGAAGGCGGAUGGCGGCCGUGAGAGCAAACGGAAAAGAGAGCUGCAGCAGCACGAAGGCUUUCCUCCUGCCCUGGGCCCAGGCGAGAAGAGGAUUAAAGGGCGCACAGGUUGGCCGCAGCAAGUUUGGGCGCUGGAGCUAAACCAGUGAGCCGAGGCCCGCGCCGAGGACCCCGCCACGGCUGCUCGACCCCGGAGCCCCGGGAGCAGAGGAAGGCGGAGGCGAGUGCCAGGCUCUGGGUGCCAGGGGCUUAUGGGGAGCAUUCCGCCCAGCCUCUGCUGGGCGCUGGCAGGUCGCUGGCUGCAACUACACAUUUGGAUCGCACGUGCAAUGUCAUUUGAAAUUGUUUUUAAUACGUGAAGAGAAAGAGAAAUAUAUAUAUAAAACCCCCACCCCCGCAACCGAGAGGGAGGCUCGCGGCUGCACGAUUAGAAACGGAAGGACUGCGGGACCCAAGCGCGCUAAGACGUACCCUUCCAACCCUUCUGGGGCGAAUUUAGAACCCCUAACGCCUUCCUCACUACACUGUCUGCCUGUCUUUCUCGCCCCCCUGUCGGCUUCGCGGCAAAACCCUCCGCGAGCUCUCCUCCCUAAUUAAAAUGCAAUAAGAGGAAUCAAUAGUUUUCUGCCAGGGAAAGAGAACCAAACCAGGAAGAUGGAGGGCUGCCUUUGUUGUUGGCCUCCCUCAAACAGUGGUGUUUUUUAUUUUAUUUUAUUUUUGUCGCUGCACUUCCUACUUAGUUACAAGGGAAAUGGCUCUUUCUUUACCUCUUUCCUUCCUUCUUGCGUUCUUUUCUUUUUUCUUCUUGCUUUUCUUCCUUUCUCUUUCUUUCCUUUUCUUCCUUUUCGUUCUUCCUUCCUUUGUAAAUAAAAACUUUUCCCUUUGUUGAAAAGUUUUUAUGUAUUAAACUACCUACCAUGCCUGCUGCGCUCAGGUGUUUGUUUAUCCCCCGUCCUCACCCUUUUUCUACCUCAAAUCUAUAUGACCACUCACUACCCCCUCCCUUUGCAAAGCAGUAUCUAUGCUCUUGACUAAUAAAACAUUUUCUGAAAUCA